CGCUUCAUGUCUGUGCAGGAGUCGGCAGCUGGCGCCAGGGCGGCCGGAGGAUGCCGAGGGGCCGGAGCCAGGCGGGCCGGAGGCCGAGGCGCGCGCUGUCCCCCACCUCUAUCCCGUGAACCCUCCAGUUUCUAGGCGCGCUGUUGCGGAACCCGCGGUUCUAGGAGCUCUCCUAGUGUCCCUUACUCUCCACUGCUGAGCCCUCCCCUUCGCGCGCCGGCUGCGAGUGUCCGCCCCGCCUUCGCCUGGAUCCCCAGCCACAGUAGCGGACCAUGGAGGUGGCGCCGGAGCAGCCUCGCUGGAUGGCGCACCCCGCCGUAUUGAAUGCUCAGCACCCCGACUCGCACCACCCGGGCCUGGCGCACAAUUACAUGGAGCCAGCUCAGCUGCUGCCUCCCGACGAAGUGGAUGUCUUCUUUAACCAUCUCGACUCGCAGGGCAACCCCUACUACGCCAACCCGGCCCACGCGCGCGCGCGCGUUUCCUACAGCCCGGCGCACGCUCGUCUCACAGGAGGCCAGAUGUGCCGACCACACUUGUUGCACAGCCCAGGGUUGCCAUGGCUGGACGGGGGCAAAGCUGCUCUCUCUGCCGCCGCUGCCCAUCACCACAGCCCCUGGACCGUCAGCCCGUUUUCCAAGACCCCGCUGCACCCCUCAGCUGCUGGAGCACCCGGAGGGCCUCUGUCUGUGUACCCAGGGGCUGCGGGUGGGAGCGGGGGAGGCAGUGGGAGCUCAGUGGCCUCCCUCACGCCCACUGCGGCCCACUCUGGCUCCCAUCUCUUCGGCUUCCCACCCACACCCCCAAAAGAAGUGUCUCCAGACCCCAGCACCACAGGAGCCGCUUCCCCAGCCUCCUCUUCUGCUGGAGGGAGUGUAGCCAGGGGUGAGGACAAGGAUGGCGUCAAGUACCAAGUGUCACUGUCUGAGAGCAUGAAGAUGGAAGGCGGCAGUCCCCUACGCCCAGGCCUGGCUACAAUGGGCACUCAGCCUGCAACACACCACCCAAUACCUACCUAUCCCUCCUAUGUGCCCGCCUCAGCUCAUGACUAUGGCAGUGGGCUCUUCCAUCCUGGAGGCUUCCUGGGUGGUCCAGCCUCCAGCUUUACCCCUAAGCAGCGAAGCAAGGCCCGCUCUUGCUCAGAAGGCCGAGAGUGUGUCAACUGUGGGGCCACAGCCACUCCUCUCUGGCGGCGUGAUGGCACCGGCCACUACCUGUGCAAUGCGUGCGGGCUCUACCACAAGAUGAACGGACAGAACCGACCCCUCAUCAAGCCUAAACGGAGGCUGUCUGCUGCCAGGAGAGCAGGCACCUGUUGUGCAAAUUGUCAGACCACGACCACCACCUUAUGGCGCCGGAACGCCAAUGGGGACCCUGUGUGCAACGCCUGUGGCCUCUACUACAAACUGCACAAUGUUAACAGGCCACUGACCAUGAAGAAGGAAGGGAUCCAGACCCGGAACCGGAAGAUGUCCAGCAAGUCUAAGAAGAGCAAGAAAGGGGCUGAAUGCUUUGAGGAGCUUUCCAAGUGUAUGCAGGAGAAGUCAUCCCCAUUCAGUGCUGCUGCCCUGGCUGGACACAUGGCACCCGUGGGCCACCUCCCACCCUUCAGCCACUCUGGACACAUCCUGCCCACGCCAACGCCCAUCCACCCCUCCUCCAGUCUCUCCUUCGGCCACCCCCACCCAUCCAGCAUGGUGACUGCCAUGGGCUAGGCACAGCUUCCCACUGGACAGACAUGGACAUCAAGGGUGGCUGGCAGAGCCAGAGCGAGUCCGGGCACUCCCAGGAUGGGUGGAACACACUUUUGGCUCCCGCCCAUCCCAGGAGACCCACUUCCUCCUGCCAGCCUGGUCUGGCUGAAGCCACCUCUCCUUGGAGGACUCCCAGCCUUGUGCCGCCAUUACUGUGAAUGUUUCUAACUGGGCUACAGCUUGUGUGUGCCCUGGGUGCUGCCCAGAAAAGUUUUUUUGUUUUGUUUUGUUUUUUGUUUUUUCUUUUUCACAGACAGUUGCUUGGAGAGCAAAACAGACAGGUUUAUAGCAAGAAAUGGAGGAGACUGGGGGCAGAAAAAUGAAACCAUUUUUUUGAAGGUGAAAGGAGUAAUAUAUAAUUUAUUUUGCUCUUAUUUCAUACAAGGACAUGAAUGACACAGAGGCAUGGGCUGUUUGUGUUCUCUGGGUCCUUCCCUGGGGUCUACUGCCACCAGCCAGGGCUCUGGAAGGCAGACUUACAGGGUCUCAGCCUGAGCCUUCUCCCCAGCUGCCUGACGGGUAGGUAGCCCCUGCCCUGACGCAGCCCUAGAGGGCAGAGACAAUCGCAGGCGGUCCUGCACAGAUUCCCAGGCCAGGGCUGGGUCACAGGAAGGAAGCAUUCUCUGGAAAGGGGAAAUGUCUCCCAGAUCAUUCCCUUGGCUUUAAGAGGCCAAAGCUGGUGCAACCCAAAUGGCCAAGCUGCGGCCUGUGCUGUAGGCCAGCUGGACCCCUGUAAAUACAUCAUUUUUCUGCUAACCCCUCGGCCCCUCCCACUCUAAGAUAAAUAAGAGAAUAUUCAAAACCAAACCCAAACUGCAUAAGCUUAACUCACUGAUGAGUGGUUUUAUUUUUAAACUCAUUUUGGAUCCAGUCAAUUGUACGUUGCCACAGAAGCCCCACUGUGGAAAGGAAUAAAACCUGCAAACCAAGGCUGAGAUUCAUGGUUCUUUCUUGAAUGGUUCUUGGAUCCCAGGUCCUGAGCAGGAGGCUGGGGACAAGGGAGAUCUUUUGCUCUUGGUUGCUGGGGGAUGGGGCAGGGAGGCAGUGGCCCUGUGAUCUCUGGGGUAUUCUGUUCUGUUGUGGCUGGCUGGAUCCUUCAAGGUACAGCUGUACAUAAAAUGUGUUCCAAGCUUCGAUUCUGUGUGCGGUGUUGGUGUUGGUGGUAGUGCAACAGCUGGCAAGGGGCCUCUAGCCCAAGAAGACAAUUGUGCUGACAAGUCAACUACGUGCAAUAUUGGCGUCCAGUUGCUGUAGAGCACCAUAACCAGAAGUAACUUAUUUUGUGCUAGUACCUGCACAAAGAAAAAGAAUCGGCAGUAUUUUCUGUUUUUAUGUUUUCGGCUUGUUUUAUUUUGAAUUAGUGACCUAAGUUAUUGUUAACUAUGUACAACAUUUAAAUAUUGUGUAAAAAUUGUAUGCUACCCUCCUAUUCCUUUAAAGUGAAUACUGUUAAAAAUAAUAAAAUACUUUUUGUGAA